AUGACACGAUUGUUUCGCAAUGGUCGUACAGAAACUGUACGAUCGUGUUCGAUCGAGUCGAGUAUUUGGGUAAAGGCCAUGAAUGAUCCGAAUAUAACUAAUACUGAGCGCAUUCGAUUGUUACGUCUUGCAUGCGAUUAUCACCAACAACAGUAUCGAGAUGCAAUGACAGGCAAAGGCAUCGAUCGACAUUUGUUCUCCCUUUAUGUUAUCUCGAAAUAUCUCAAUUUGGAUUCACCAUUUCUUCAACAAGUUCUUCAAGAACCAUGGAAAUUAUCCACCAGUCAAGUAAGUGUCUCCUCUCACUCAGAUUUUGCUCGUGAAAAAGAACAUUCAAAUCCGAAUCUUCACUCGAUUCUCUAUAAGAAUACAUGUUUACAAUGA